GCGAGUGGGCGCCUGCCAGGCAGUCAGUCCAGAUGGGUGGAAAGAAAGUUUGUAUCGUGGGCUCCGGCAACUGGGGUUCGGCUAUUGCCAAGAUCGUAGGCAGCAAUGCAGCCAAACUGGACAAGUUUGAUACCACUGUGAACAUGUGGGUGUUCGAGGAAGAGGUCAGUGGCAAGAAACUCACUGAGAUCAUCAACACGCAGCAUGAGAACGUCAAGUACUUGCCGGGCCACAAGCUGCCAGCCAAUGUGGUGGCAGUGCCAGAUGUGCUGAAAGCUUCAGCCGAUGCGGACAUUCUCCUCUUCGUAGUGCCACACCAGUUCAUCGGGAAGCUUUGUGACCAGCUGAAAAGCCACAUCAAGAAGGACGCAAUCGGGGUCUCGCUCAUCAAGGGUGUGGAUGAAGGCCCCGACGGACUGAAACUGAUAUCAGAUAUCAUCCGUGAGAAGCUUGGCAUCGAAAUGAGUGUACUAAUGGGGGCCAAUAUUGCCAAUGAAGUGGCAGAGGGGAAGUUCUGCGAGACCACCAUAGGCUGCAAGAACCUAGAGCACGGGCAGAUCCUGAAGGAGCUGAUGCAAACACCCAACUUCCGGAUCACUGUGGUUCAAGAAGCUGACACAGUAGAGAUCUGCGGUGCCCUCAAGAAUGUGGUGGCCGUUGGGGCUGGCUUCUGCGAUGGGCUGGGCUUUGGAGACAACACCAAGGCUGCCGUGAUCCGCCUGGGCCUCAUGGAGAUGAUUGCCUUUGCCAAGAUCUUCUGCAAGGGCAGCGUCACUUCUGCCACUUUCCUGGAGAGCUGUGGGGUGGCUGACCUCAUCACCACCUGCUACGGAGGCCGUAAUCGCAAAGUGGCGGAGGCUUUUGCCAAGACUGGCAAGUCUAUUGAACAACUGGAGAAGGAGAUGCUGAACGGGCAGAAGCUGCAGGGCCCUCAGACCUCAGCAGAGCUGCACCACAUUCUGUCACACAAGAACUUGGCAGACAAGUUCCCACUGUUCGUUGCUGUCUAUGAGAUCUGCUACAAAGGAAAACCCGUCUCUGAAUUUAUCAAGUGCCUGCAAAACCAUCCUGAACAUUUGUGAUUGGCCUGGAGACUUGCUCCUGCUAUAGGCAGUUGGGAGGCUCUUCCCAUCUGCCUCAGCUCUGCCACCCCCAGCAGGAGAAGAGGAACCCACCACAAGGCAUGGGUAACCAACCAGGGAUACCCCAUGCUCUCCAGCCACGGAGUUCAGGGGUCAACUCUUUGACCAGGAAGUCUCUGCCAUUUAUCAAUCAGAUGUCCACCGAGUUCCCUGGGCUGGUCCAGUCUCCUGCUUGGCACUUGCUAGAUUAGAACAUCCUCGUUGUCAGUACGCACAGCACAAAAAGCAUUAACUUCGAUGAGCAAAGAAAAAAACGUCCUUGACCAGGCGCCUCACUGCUCCAUUUCUCUGCCUUGGUUUUAACUGGUCUGAUUGAAGGUUCGAGUGUUUUACCUGCCAGUCUUACCUGCCUUGAAAGGCCUGUUAUAGCCAAUAUCUGGUGGAGUGAGGGUGAGAAGAAGAGCAAAUUCUAAUUUAUUACUCUAGGCUAGGAGUAUAAGAAGAAUCAGCCAUGAUUAAAAUUGGCGUCGAGUGUUAGGUUCUCUCUCUCUCCCUCUCUCCCCAAGGCUUGGGCCUCAGCAUCCCUGGUAUCCAUGGGAAUGGGAACCCUAGCCAUGAAUGUGAAUACUGUACUGCAGAAGAAUAAAUACUAACAUGACAAACUA